GAUAAAAACGAGAUCAGUGUCUAUAACAAUGGUCGAGGUAUACCGGUUGUACUCCAUAAAGUUGAGAAAGUCUACGUACCUGAGUUGAUUUUUGGUACACUUCUAACAUCGUCCAAUUAUGAUGACAGUGAGAGAAAAGUAACCGGUGGUCGUAAUGGUUAUGGUGCGAAGUUGUGUAACGUAUUCAGUAAACGUUUCACUAUUGAAACAUCCUCAAAAGAAUAUGGCAAAUCAUUCAAACAGGUUAACAUCUUUCUGUCCGAGUUGUUUCAAUUAAGUCGAGAUUGUUGA